AUGUCAGGUGGAUGGAGCUUGGAAAUUGACAGAACUUUGGGCUGGUCUGGAAUGGUAUACUAUGCACACGAAUACCACCAUAAACUGAUGAGAGCAUGCAAUCUGCGGCGUGGCUUAUUGCCACUUCAGAUAGAGCUGGAGGCCCUCAUUUGGGCUAUGCAAUGCAUGUUGCGACAUAACAAUUUAACAAUAGUUUUCGAGACAGACUGUUCCGAUGUGGUGAAGAUGGUGUCUAAACCAGAGGAGUGGCCAGCGUUCUCGAUUCUUCUCGAAGAGUUUGGCAGAUGCAAGAUGAUGUUUACCUUAUUCUCCAUUGUCUACAUACCAAGGACGAAAAACACGAAGACAGACAAGUUAGCACGGAGUGCUCCAACUCUACCUACUGAUGUGUAUUAUGUAAACUCUGUUUCACCAGCUUGGAUUCCCGAGCUGCUUUAG